GCCGUGCCCUGUCACAACACCCGCCGCGCUCCCGUGCCCCCCCCCCUCCUCCUCGCCAGCCAGCGUCAUGGAGCAGCGCGUCUUAUUCGCGCUCAGCGCGACACGCCUCCGCCGACGUCGAUCCUCGCGUGGUGUCUUGGCUGCCGGCGGCCGUGCCAACGCCAUCUCGACGUCGGCCCUCCCCGCACGCCGCAUCCGCAUGCGACGGCACAACGCCUUGCCUCCCUGCUGCUGUGCGCUCGUCUGGCUGUGUCGCGAUCCGCGCUGGCUGCUGAGAGCGCCGGGUCCUCUCGCUCCUGCUUGCGACUGUGGCUGUGUGAGCACGCAGCGACGACAGACGCAGCCUAUGCAGCGUCAGGGCUGCCCGAUCGUAGCCGCGGCGCAGCGCUCGCGCAUGUGCCGCCUACUUGGCGCUCGCCGCCCAUGCACGCACUGCACCGCCGCGCCAUCGGCCGGCCUUGGCGUGUGCGAGGGUCCUGGAAGAUCGUCGCGCCUCGCCAAGGGUUCCUUUGAGCUGGCCCGGCGCUUGUGCUUGCGCCCUUGACGUGCCGGGGAAAGAGCUUGGUCGCCGUGGCCCGAGAGCAGGGCCGCGGCACGACGAGCGACACCGUCCCCUGACGAGAGCUCUCAGGGGGAGCGACGAUGACGAGCAUCCUUUGCGUGGCCAGCUCGUGUGUGCUUUCGGUAUGAAUGGCGUCCCUGCCGAGUAGGGCUAGCAGAGAAGGCAAGGCUCAUUGGGAACAGGAGGGUGUAAAGCGUAUUUCGACAAGGUGCGACUCAACGCAGCUCACG